AGUGGCCGCAUUCGGCCGCGAGAUGUGAUCUCAUUCAUGGAUAGAGGGCGGUUAUCAUCUAUCUCUGAUGCCGAGGGAUAACUGAGCUCUCGCAAUAUUGUUUACGUAAUUCAAGACUAUGUACUAUCCAUUUACUUUCUGACUCUACGAAUCGUGCCGGCUUCCAUCGUGACACACGAUCCAGUCCAACUAUUUGACAUCCUUCGCUGCCUUAUCAUCAGUGCAACUUAGUGUUGGACCAUUCGGCGGCUGUCGGGACCGAUCUGCGGCUUCUUUUCUGACUCAACAACCAACUCAACAAUCAUUUGUCUCUGGGAACACACGACACAUUCGACAAACACAUCAGGAUCGGUAUACGACGGCUUCAAUGGCUAACAAAGUUGCAAAGAUUCCCGUCAUUGACCUCUCGGGGGAGAAUCAGGAGCAGGUGGCCAAGGAGCUCGUGGAGGCCGCCAUUGAACAUGGCUUCAUAUACAUCAAGAACACAGGGAAAGAUAUUCCUGCCGAUGCUGUACAUGGCGCAUUUGAUAUGGGCAGGAAGAUCUUCAAAGCACCACUUGAAGAGAAGCAGGCAUGUACUAUUCAGAAGAACAACCGCGGCUGGUCUGCUAUGCAGUAUGAGACAUUGGAUCCAUCAACCCAGCGUGUCGGUGACUUCAAAGAGUCCAGGGCGUUCAACUUUGGCGAGUUCAUCAACGGCAAAGCCGACCAACCCAUGCCACCCACCAUAGCCCCUUACGAAAGCCAGAUCAACGACUUCCGUGAGCUCUGCUACAACCUCUGCCUCAAGAUCAACACUCUCCUCGGCAUCGGUCUCCAGGUCACACCCCCUGACUUUUUUAAGAACGCUCACGUCCGCGAAAGGGGCGCUUCGGGAACCAUCCUCCGGUUCCUCUACUAUCCGCCCCACUCCGAUACCCCUGACGCAAAUCGUGAGGAGGAUGUUCGCGCAGGGGCUCAUUCUGACUACGGUUCCAUGACCCUUCUCUUCCGCCUCAAGGGACAGGCUGGUCUGGAGAUUCUGACCCAAGACGGGAAGACGUGGGCUCCUGUUCCUGUGGUGCCACCGGGGACUGAGAAUGAUCCUUCCCCUCCUAUCCUGUUGAACAUCGGGGAUUUGCUUUCUUACUGGACUAAUGGGCUGCUCAGGAGCACAGUUCACAGGGUGGUGUUUCCUGGUCCGGGCAAGACGUCUGUGGCUGGUGAGACGGAUACUGAGCCAAGGUACUCGAUUGCGUUUUUCUGCCACCCUGUGGGGACGACGCUGUUGGAGCCUGUGCCGAGUGAGAGGGUUAGGAAUCAUGAGGAGGAUGCGCAGGCGAAGCAGGGGAAUCCGUAUGCCGAGAGGAAGGUGUUGACUGCUGAUGAGCAUUUGCAUAUGAGGCUCAAAGCAAGUUAUCUGCAGCUGUAUAAAGAUAAGGAGUAGAAUCAUUACAUAGAUGUGGCAUUGGAUUGUGGGAGUAUUUGACCAUAUACUGUUGCCACCAUGUCAGCAUCAUAAACUCAACCUCUAGGCAGAGUCUCCAACAAAAAACAAGGUCCGCUGGCGUAAUGGCAGCGCGUCUGACUACGAUUCCAAAAAAUCAAGUAAUCAGGAGGUUCCAGGUUCGACCCCUGGGCGGAUCGUCCAAACUUUUGCGUCCUUCCAACAAGGAAGAGUUCUUUUUGAACUUUUUUUCUCGCUUUUUUGUGUUGGUGGAGACUUGGGAGUUGUUAAGGGAUGAUCCCUGGCGUGCUUGGCUUAGGGAUGAGUUGGACGUGCAACCCUAACCCUUUUCACUCGGGAUUAGGUGGCGGGGUGGACGACAAAUGCUGUCGGCUGGGAUGUUGAAGAUGUGAGAAAAGAGAGGAAAUCUGUUCAGUGUCACUGAUAUAUCUCUUUGAUUAGUUUGUUCUCUGCUUGCUUGGCUGCUUAGGUAACAUGCGGUAUGGGCGAGAACCGUCAACUCGUGAUGAGCCUACGGAGCAUCACCGGACAUUUCCCAGCAAAGUUAAUGGCAGGUAUAGAUAAAUAUUGUUCGGAAGUGUCGUC